GGCUCUCUUUCCGUCCCCGAGCGCAUCAGCGGACACCUGGCGGGAAGGCUCUGGAAGGAUAGCGGCGGGCGCGUGACGGCAGCCUGGGGACGCGGUGAAAACGGAGUGGUGGGGUCCCCGGAAGUGGAGCAACCCGAGCCCUCUCCGGCCCCUCCAUGCUUGGUUGGAGACUGCUGGCUCAGACCGGCGCCCAGGUGCUGGGCCGCGGCGCGGGGGACCUGGGUGCUCCCCGGGGCUCGGGAAACAGAACAGACCUCUGGCUUUUCGUUAGGAGUCUCCAUGGCAAGAGUGGUACUUGGUGGGAUGAGCAUCUUUCUGAAGAAAAUGUCCCGUUUGUUAAGCAGUUGGCCUCUGAUGAAACUAAAGCCCAGUUAGCAAGUAAACUGUGUCCUCUGAAAGAUGAACCGUGGCCUAUACAUCCUUGGGAACCAGGUUCCUCUAGAGUAGGCCUCAUUGCAUUGAAGCUGGGCAUGAUGCCUUUAUGGACCAAAGAUGGUCAGAAGCACGUGGCCACGUUACUUCAGGUACAAGACUGUCACGUUCUAAAGUAUACUCCAAAGGAAAACUAUAAUGGAAAAAUGGCAGCCCUAACUGUAGGAGGAAAAACUGUAUCCCGUUUCCAUAAAUCUGCAUCUAUAUUGGAAUUUUACCAAGAACUUGGAUUGCCGCCAAAACAAAAAGUUAAAAUCUUUCGCAUAACAGAUAAUGCUGUAAUUAAGCCAGGUACUCCUCUUUAUGCUGCUCACUUUCGCCCAGGACAGUACGUGGAUGUCACAGCCAAAACCAUUGGUAAAGGUUUUCAAGGUGUCAUGAAAAGAUGGGGAUUUAAAGGCCAGCCUGCUACUCACGGUCAAACGAAAACCCAUCGGAGACCUGGAGCUAUUUCAACUGGUGAUGUUGCCCGAGUCUGGCCUGGAACUAAAAUGCCUGGGAAGAUGGGAAACAUAGAUAGGACAGCAUUUGGACUGAAAGUGUGGAGAAUAAACACAAAGCACAAUAUAAUCUAUGUAAAUGGCUCUGUACCUGGACAUAAAAAUUGCUUAGUAAAGAUCAGGGAUUCUAAUUUACCUGCAUAUAAGGAUUUCUGUAAAAAUCUACCAUUCCCUACAUAUUUUCCUGAUGGAGAUGAAGAGGAACUACCAGAAAACUUGUACGAUGAAAAUGUGUGCCAACCUAGUGCGCCUUCUAUUACGUUUGCCUAACCUCAUUGGACAUGGAAGAACCUCGCCUAUUUUGUGAGCUCUGAUGAGCCAGAACAACAAUAUAACCAGGAAUUAUAUUUGCCUUCUUAGUCACAAUGUCACACUUGUCAUCUUUGUCAAGGGCAUAAAUAUAUUGCUCACCCUCCAACUGAAUUUUGUUUUAAAAAUUACCACAUUAAACAAAUCAGUUGAGUAGAUUGGAUAUGCCAGAUUUAAAUGGACUGGCAGUUUAAGAUGUUUAUAAAUUUUUCUUCUUUUAUUAAA